AUGUCGCAUCUAUCAGAUGUGAAAGUUCUGUUUUCUAGGUUGUGUUCUUUGAAGACUAGCGCACCAACACUACGGUACGGAGUCCGAAAGUUCAGUCAGGGAGAUAAACCACUACUGAAAGGCAGUGUUACACCUUUACCACCUCUAUCUGAACCUAUGCCAAAUCUCCCUCCCGUAGUAUAUACAACAACUAAGUCCGAAGACACAGUAACAGAGGUUACAACUCUAAGCAAUGGAUUAAGAGUUGCAUCAGAAAAGAAAUUUGGCCAAUUUUGCACUGCUGGAGUUGUCAUAGAUUCUGGCCCAAGAUAUGAAGUUGCAUAUCCAAAUGGAAUAUGUCAUUUUCUUGAAAAAUUAAGUUUUGGUGCAACACAUAAAUUUCCAACUCGGGAUGUCAUGCUCAGGGAGCUAGAAAGACAUGGUGGGAUAUGUGAUUGUCAAGGUUCACGUGACACCACAGUGUAUGCUACCAGUGCUGAUUCAAGAGGCUUAGAAGCUGUGACGCAGGUGCUGGCAGAAGUCACCUUAAGACCUCAGCUUUCGGCAGAAGAAAUUGAAGCUGCAAGGCAAGCUGUGGCUUUUGAAUUGGAGACUCUAGCUAUGAGGCCUGAACAAGAAACCAUUUUAAUGGAUAUGAUACAUUCAGCAGCUUAUAAAGAAAACACUCUGGGACUGCCAAAAAUUUGUCCUAAGGAAAAUGUGAACAUAAUUGAUCGCGGGAUUAUUCUCAACUUCUUAAAGAACCACUACACCCCUGAACGAAUGGUAGUUGCUGCUGUUGGGGUAGACCACGAACCUUUUGUGGAGUAUGUUCAGAAAUAUUUUGUAGAUAUGAAGCCGACAUGGCACUCGCAAGAUGAUGAUGCAUUUAUACCUAAGACUGACAAAUCUAUUGCACAAUACACUGGUGGAAUAGAACAGGAAGAAUGUGAAAUUCCACUAUACCCUGGCUCGGACUUACCUGAAUUAGCUCAUGUUGUUAUAGGAAUUGAGAGCUGUUCACAUGGAGAUCCAGACUUUGUAGCGACCUGUGUUCUCAACAUGAUGAUGGGUGGUGGCGGCUCAUUCUCUGCAGGAGGGCCAGGCAAAGGCAUGUACACUAGGCUCUAUACAAAUGUACUUAACAGAUAUCACUGGAUGUUUAAUGCAACUGCGUAUAACCAUGCUUACGGCGACACCGGCCUGUUCUGUGUCCACUCCGCUUCACCCCCAAAUCGCAUCUACGACACCGCCCUUGUGAUUGCGCGGGAGCUUGCCAACAUGGCUGGCAAAGUUGGAGAAACUGAGUUGAGGAGAGCUAAGACUCAACUGCAGUCGAUGCUGCUUAUGAAUCUCGAGGCCAGACCAGUGGUUUUCGAAGAUGUCGGUCGCCAAGUACUUGCUACUGGGAAAAGGAAACCCCCUUCGUAUUUUAUCAGCGAAAUUGAGAAGGUUACAGCAGACGAUAUAGUAAGAGUAGCACGCCGUAUGUUAGGCAAGAGGGCCGCAGUUGCAGCGCGAGGCAAAUUAAGUCAUUUGCCAGCCUUUGAUGAAAUUCGGUCAAAUAUGGCUCUCGGUAAGAGUGAUACACCUCAAGGCAGAAGAUUAAAUUUAUUCCGUGCUUAG